CAGCUAAGGGAUUUAACAGCCUUCCACAUCAAAGACUCUGUGUCUGACUGUGCGAUCCAGAUCCUGUAGCUGCAAUAUUUCCCACCAUUGACCUCCCCAACGAGCAUGCUGCAUCAUUAUGAGAAUUGGUCUGGGCGGUACAGAGCAGAGUAGAGUAGAGCAGCAGAGCAGAGCGAGUGAGCCACAUCCGCCACUGGAGGGAUCUAAUCUGUGCAAUCUGACGCUCAAGGAUUUAUAGGUUUAGUCAAAAUUGCUUUUCUCCACUGUGGAGAUUAAGUACCGUGGGAUGUUUUGUUGGUCAGGCCAGAGCUGCUGCUUCUUACCCAGCCCGAAGCUGUUCUGCUGAAGACAAUGUCCCAGGACCCACGCAAAGUGGUUUUAGCCCUAGUGGGGUGUGGAAUUUGACUGGAAUUUGAGGGGUCCACGGUGGUAUGUGCACCAUGCAAGUGGAUACUGUGUUUGUGCUGUUCUGCGUCUGCCUCAUGGGGGUUGCUGGGAGAUCAGCUCAUCAAAGAGGCCAAAAGCUAGAGACCUACAAACAAAGCAGAUCCAGGAGACAAACGUCAAGAAUGGAUGGAGAAACUCAUAGCAACUCUGAAAGACCAAUCCUAAAGCGAAGUUCAGACAUGACAAAAUCUCCCAUGACAAAAUCUGAGCAGCUCCUAAGAAUAGAUGACCAUGAUUUUACCAUGAGACCAGCAUUUGGAGGACCCCCUAUUCCAGUUGGGGUAGAUGUUCAGGUUGAAAGUCUGGACACAAUCUCUGAAGUGGAUAUGGACUUCACCAUGACCCUGUACCUGAGGCACUACUGGAAGGACGAGCGCCUGUCCUUCCCCAGCACCAAUAACCAGAGCAUGACCUUCGACAGCAGGCUGGCCAAGAAGAUCUGGGUUCCUGACAUGUUCUUCGUCCACUCCAAGAGGUCCUUCAUCCACGACACAACCACGGACAACGUCAUGCUGAGGGUGCACCCUGACGGAAACGUGCUCUACAGUCUAAGAAUCACAGUCACGGCCAUGUGCAACAUGGACCUGAGUCGCUUCCCUCUGGACACACAGACCUGCUCGCUGGAGAUAGAGAGCUACGCGUACACGGACGAUGACCUCAUGCUGUACUGGAAGAAAGGCAACGAGUCACUGAACACGGACGAGAGGAUAUCUUUAUCUCAGUUCCUCAUCCAGAAGUUCCACACCACUACAAAGCUGGCCUUUUAUAGCAGUACAGGCUGGUACAACCGUCUGUACAUCCACUUCACUCUACGACGCCACGUCUUCUUCUUCCUGCUCCAGACCUACUUCCCUGCCACCCUCAUGGUCAUGCUGUCCUGGGUCUCCUUCUGGAUCGACCGCAGGGCUGUCCCCGCUAGGGUCCCCUUGGGUAUCACCACGGUGCUCACCAUGUCCACCAUCAUCACUGGAGUCAACGCCUCCAUGCCCAGAGUGUCCUACAUCAAAGCAGUAGACAUCUACCUGUGGGUCAGUUUUGUGUUUGUCUUCCUCUCGGUCAUAGAGUAUGCAGCGGUCAACUACCUCUCGACCGUGCAGGAACGGAAAGAGAGGAAGCUAAGAGAAAGGUUGCCCUGUACCUGUGGCAUUGGCAACCCGGACGACAUGAUGUGCGACCCCCAGAUCUCCGGCUACACCACCAUGGACGUCAACCGCACAGCGAACUAUGGCACAGCAGGGAACUAUGGGAUGCCAGAGAACGGCGGCAGGCAGGAGAGGAUGUUGGCCCAGGUGGUUCUGGGGGAUCCCCAGCUCACGGGCCAGGUAAAGAGGCCAGGCUAUGUGAACAUUUGGAUAGACACCCACGCCAUAGACAAGUACUCACGGGUCCUAUUCCCUGGUUCCUACGCCCUGUUCAACAUCAUCUACUGGUCUAUCUACUCCUAACGCCUGGCCUGUGCCACAAAUGGGGAAGGACCCUUCUACCCUAUCACACUCACAUGCUGCAGUUAGAGCACAACAUGGUCAUAUUUAUUAAGCACUAAAUGGGCAGAGACCUGACUCAAACAGGGAGGGAGUGGGACUACAUGAACUUGUCGAUUUUUAGAGUGUGCCCUAAUGAAUAUGACCCAGGACUCCACUGUGACUCCAUUAACAGGGAUAGUGGCCACAGAGAGAAGAUGUUUUUGUCUGUUUUUCAAGACAGCGAAAGAGAUUGAGAUAUGGCUCAUAAAAUGCAAGGAACAUUGCCUUCUUGACCGAGCCUCUUAAAUGGACUUAUUUAAAUAUGUACUCUUUCCAUGUGUAUUCAAGAAAACAGUUAUGAGGGUUUAUCGUCAUUUCCACUGAGCCACCGGGUCAAGCGUUACAAAAUUGGGUGCAGUAUUUUUAUUUAAACAUCCACUGAAAAUGUUCAGUUACAAUAUGUUUUCUCAAACAUCAGACUAAUUAAUAUUGAUAACUGGUGCAUCGGGG